GGGCGGGCUCUCCUUUCCUGGCCCGAGAAUUGGCAGCCAAGCCGGAGCCGGCUGCAUGGACGCGGGCUGGGAGCCGGGGGCGGUGGGCGCCUCGCUGCUGCUGUGCGCCGCGCUGCUGGGGGCGGGCUGCGCGUUGGGCCUGCGCCUGGGCCGCGGGCGGGGGGCGGCGGACCGCGGGGCGCUCGCCUGGCUCUGCUACGACGCCCUGGUGCACUUCGCACUGACCCAAAUGGACAAUAAGAGAGAAUUCACUCAGCGUGUCACCGAGAGCCAGGAGGACACCAGAGCUGGCAUUUUGAUGGCUGGUCAUUCACCAGAAGGGCGGAAAGAAUAUGGCAAAGCUGAUGCAAGAUGGCUUUAUUUUGAUCCAACCAUUGUGUCUCUGGAAAUGCUGACCGUUGUCGUGGAUGGGUCUCUGGCAUUGGUCCUCAUUUAUGCCAUAGUCAAAGAGAAAUAUUACCGGCAUUUCAUCCAGAUUACCCUGUGCGUGUGUGAAUUGUAUGGCGGGUGGAUGACCUUCGCCCCAGACUGGCUUAUGGGAAGCCCCAACCUCAACACCAACAACUGGCUCUACUUUUGGGUCUAUCUGGUAUUUUUCAAUAGUGUAUGGGUCCUGAUCCCAGGACUCUUACUGUGGCAGUCGUUGGUAGAACUCAAGAAAAUGCAUUUCAAAGGAACCAGUUCAAGGAAAAAGUUUCAGUGAGUUUUCAAAAUCAUAAACAAUAAUUAUCUUGCUUUAUGAGCCAGAAUAGAUCAAACCUUUUUGUUUGGCCAAAUGUAAUACAUUCCAGCCUACAUUUUCUUUUUAUAUUGUUGUUCCUGAACAAGUUAUUUCAAAUUGAUUGUAAGGUGGCAAGUUUUAUUGUUGUUUUUUUCCAAUUAAAUGGCAAUGUAGGGAAUAAAUUUUAAUUUGUAAUAAUAACACAUUUAAUUAUACAUUUUUAUGGCUAGUAUUAAUUGUUCCACAUUAAUAAAGCCUAUUAUCAUAAAA